UUUUUGCAAAGCAAGAUGGCGACCUGCAUCCCUCUGUCUUUAAAAAUGUCACUUUUCAAACCGGUUCUGUUUAAAAACCAUUGUUUAUCCAGAACCCUAGUCAAUCCUUUGAGUGACCUGGCAAAACGAGGAUACACAGCGAGUCCACCGCAGGCGGUCGAGGACAAGCAGGCGGUCGCGGCUGGCCCCUCGGGGCCGAUGGAGCACUACCACAGUCUGACCAGAGAGGGCGCCCUUCGGGAGGACCCGCACCAGAGAGCCGUGGUGGAGAAGCUGGACCAAAUGCACAAAACCCUGCGAGGCUACAGCAACGCCCCCCAGUCGUUCUUCUCCAAGUUUUUCACAAAGCCCAAACCGCCGAAAGGUUACUACAUCUUUGGAGACGUUGGCACGGGUAAGACCAUGGUCAUGGACAUGUUUUACUCCCACGUUGAGACGGAGAAAAAGAAGAGGGUCCACUUCCACGGCUUCAUGCUGGACGUUCACAAACGAAUCCACCGGUUGAAGCAGAGCAUGCCGAAGAGGAAGGCAGGGAGAAUGGCCAAAUCCUACGACCCCAUCGCACCCGUGGCCGCCGAGAUCAGUGAGGAGGCGUGCCUUCUGUGCUUCGAUGAGUUCCAGGUCACCGACAUCGCUGACGCCAUGAUCCUGAAGCAGCUCUUUGAGAACCUCUUCCGGAACGGUGUCGUCGUCGUAGCGACCUCGAACCGGCCCCCUGAAGACCUGUACAAGAAUGGCCUGCAGAGAGUCAACUUUGUGCCUUUCAUUGCUGUGCUGCAGCAAUACUGCCAAACCCUGCGCCUGGAUUCAGGAAUAGAUUACCGAAGGAGGAACAGACCCUCAGCCGGAAAACUCUACUUCCUCUCUAGCGACCCUGACGUGGAGGCUGCCCUUGACAAGAUGUUUGACGAGCUGGCUUUCAAACAGAACGACAUCACUCGGCCGCGGGUGCUCAGCGUUCAGGGGAGGAAGGUGGGUCUGGCCAAGGCCUGCGGGACCAUCGCCGACUGCACAUUCCAGGAGCUGUGUGACAGACCGCUGGGCGCCAGCGACUACCUGGAGCUGUCCCGGCUGUUCGACACCGUCUUCAUCCGGGACAUCCCCCUCCUCGACCUCAACAAGAAGACCCAAGCCCGCCGCCUCAUCACCUUGGUGGACACCCUCUACGACCACAAGGUGCGGGUGGUGAUCCUCGCCGACCACGCUCUAGAAGACAUCUUCGUCAGCGGCGACGACCACGACCUCCACGAGAGCCACGUUCUCAUGGACGACCUGGGCCUCAAACGGGACUCGGCCAGUGACCUCACCAUCUUCAGCGGGGCGGAGGAGGUGUUUGCCUUCCAGCGCACUCUGUCCCGGCUGACGGAGAUGCAGACGGAGCAGUACUGGGUGGAGGCCGACCGCAGCGCCAAAUAAGCCCCACGACGGACCCCUGGCGGUGGGGAGAGAGGGGCUCCCACCAGCCUGUAGCGCCGGCGGCUACGCCUCAAGCUAGUCCCUGCUGGGCCUUCCAGAACCCACUCCAUGGGCCUCCACUCAGAGCCCAGUGCUGGCCCUCGCACACCUCAGCCAAUUAUUUAUUACUGACAUUCUUGAUUUUAUCUCUACAUUGCACUUUACAGUAUGAGCAUAUAUAUAAACAUCUGCCUGUGGGUGGGUGUGCAUACAUA